UUACAAGUGUUUAAUUAGUAUACUAUUUUAACAUAUGUUUAUAUUUUCUGUCUUGUUUCAAAAAAAAGUUUAUAUUGUGUGUUUUCCCGUAGUUAACACACAAAUUAACGUUGUGUUUUUGAGAUUUUGUAAAAUUUGGCAGCCAUUUCCUUCUGGUGCCAGUGGCAGCAUCAUGCAUUUGAAAACAAAAACAUAAGUAUUAUAUCUAUGCAAACAUACAAAUAGUAUAUACACAAACAAGAGACGACUUUUGUCAAAUUGCCUUCAUUUUAUUUCUGUGAGCAAUGAUUUGAGCAUAACAAACAUCAUAAAGACAACAAGCAUUCCACCGCAGACCUAUGAUAGUCAACUACGUUUUGAUGUUAAAUUAAUAUCAAUGUUCUAACCACAAACUCUCAUAGUAUAAUUCACAAUUUCUGUUUACAUAAUUCAGUAUAAAUACCUUCAGUCUUCAUCAACAAUUCAUCACCAAUUGAGCAAAAAAACAAAAGCUAAGAUAGCUAAAUAGCAUUUUUUUUUUAAUGGUUGCAUCGAAGCGACUAGUGGUCUCUUGCUUUCUCUUAGUGUUGUUGCUAGCUGAGGCCAAUGCACAAGGCUUGAAAGUAGGCUUCUACAGCAAAACAUGCCCACAUGCCGAGGGUAUAGUUAGAAAGGUCGUGUUUGCUGCCAUGAAGAAAGCUCCUACACUUGGUGCUCCUUUGCUCAGAAUGUUCUUCCACGACUGCUUCGUUAGGGGUUGUGAUGGAUCAGUUUUGUUAGAUUCAUCGAACAAUCAAGCCGAGAAAAAUGCGGUUCCUAACCUAAGCCUUCGAGGGUUUGGCAUCAUAGACGAUUCCAAGGCGGCUUUAGAAAAAGUGUGUCCGGGAAUAGUUUCAUGCUCUGAUAUCUUAGCCCUUAUCGCUAGGGACGCAAUGGUUGCACUUGAAGGACCGUCAUGGGAAGUUGAAACGGGAAGAAGAGACGGUAGGGUUUCUAAUAUCAAUGAGGUCAACUUGCCAUCACCUUUUGAUAACAUCGCCAAGCUUAUCAUUGAUUUUCGCACAAAGGGACUCAGCGAGAAAGAUUUGGUCAUCCUUUCAGGUGGACACACUAUUGGGAUGGGACAUUGUCCUCUAAUGACAAACCGUCUUUACAACUUCACCGGGAGAGGAGACAGCGACCCGAGUUUGGACUCAGAGUACGCAGCUAACCUCAGGAAGAAAUGCAAGCCAACAGAUACAACGACGGCUCUAGAGAUGGAUCCAGGAAGUUUCAAGACAUUCGACGUGAGCUACUUCAAGUUAGUGGCUAAGAGAAGAGGGCUUUUCCAGUCGGAUGCUGCUCUAUUGGACAACUCAAAGACUAGGGCUUAUGUCUUGCAGCAGGCACGUGGGUCAACCUUCUUUCAUGACUUUGGUGUCUCAAUGGUGAAAAUGGGUCGGAUCGGGGUUCUUACUGGUCGUACCGGGGAGAUCCGCAAGAUGUGUCGUGUUCCUAACUAAGAGAUUAAAAGAAUGACGAUCUCUCGCCGAGUUUGAUUCUUAUGGUUUGCUUCUUCCUUUUUAAAACGUUAAAAAACUAUAUGUGAUUGGUGUUUCUUGGGAAUAAAGCUGUAUUUAAUUUGUCAAACAUAAAGCCUUUGUACUUUUUCCAAAAGAGAUUGUAUUAUUGAUUGUUCUGAAUAAAAAUCGUAUAUCUCAGUUAUUACUUCCAGAGCAUGUAGGUUCCUCGACGUAUAGUCUUCGAAAUACAUAAAGUUCUUUAGAAAUAUUUCAGUUUAUCAAAAGUUUCAAUAAAGUUGCAUGAACAUUGAAUUGAUAAGCUUUAUAUGCAUUCAAUUUUUUUUUUCUUGCAAAAGUACAUGUCAUAAAGUUUUUAUAAAAUUGAGAUAAUCUUUAAAAAAGAAAAAGAAAAUUGAGAUCAAAAUUUGAAUUUAAAAGAAUAUUGUUUGCUGACAGAAAAAAGAAAGAAUAUUGUUUCUGAAAUUCACUAUGAGUAAUGUAUAUGGUAAAAGCUAUUAGGAGCAUUACAAUAUGAUAUAUAUACUUAUAUCUUUUUCAUAAGAAGUGUUAUUUGAAAAUUUUCCAAACAUAUUAAAAAGUAUUUUAAAACUCUAAUUUAUCCUAUGUUACUAAAUAAAUAUAUUUUUCUAAUUAAUAAAAUAAUAAGAAAAAAAACUGAAUUCUUAUUUAAAAUUCUACAUUAGAAUUUUUUUUUUUUUGACAAAUUCUACAUUAGAAAUAUAAGAGGACAUUUUUGUGAAACAAAAAUAAAACCUCAACAUUAUUUACCAAACGGGAAGGUGUUUAUCCUAAUGCAAUAAACUUUUCGGGAGGGUGAUUACUAUAAAUUUUCAUGUUUUAAAAUGUAAAAUGUCUAUUAUUGUAUAGUGUAUCUUUUAAAACAUUUGGACGGUGUUCAACUAUGAACCAGGUAUAAAACUAGUAACAAAAACAUUAUAAUCAGAUGAACCACAAAUAUAAGAGAUGAAUAUUUAUGGUAUAUAUUAUUAUUAUUAUUAUCAAAAAUAAAAUAUUAUACUCUCAUUGAUUAUCACGCGAUGAAAGUGAGUUUAUGGUGAUAUCUUCUCAGGGCCCCAUUUGGGCAAAGAGUUCCUCUUCACAUCGACAAGAGCAAGAAGGUUCUUGAUAUGCUAAGAAACCUCCGUCACCAGUGAGAAUGUGAUGAAGAUAUGGUGAUUGUGCAAGGAUCUGAAUGAACUCGAUGCUUAACUCUACUCUAAUUAAUCUGCUUUUGCUGGAGGCUGCUCUUGAGUAUAUUUAAGAUGGGAUGCAUUGAAUUGCUCUUUGCCACUUGUCUUUAAGAUUCUUUCACUUCACCUAAUCCUGUUACUCUUUCAGAGGAAGCUGGUCUCAUCUAUAAAAGACACCACUCCUAACUUGGAUCAUGCAAAACCUUCUGCCAAAGAAGACUAUGGCUCUUCUUCUUCUGUGAGUGCAAUUAAGAAAGAGGAGAAUGGAAACGCUAGUGUUAGCCCAAGCAAUUAUGGCAAGUCAUUUUUGAACAAAUUACCAGAAGCUAACAAGACUUCUCCUCUAGAGAGAAGCAAACAAAGCUCAGCCUCUGUGCAAUCUUCUUCCCCAUCCGGUGUAGCCAGUAGUGGGAAACCUUGGUCUAGCGUAGUAGCCUCUAGUGUAGAUCCUCCUUAUAAACCGUCUUCUAAGCAAAC